AUGGGAGUUCGACAUGUCUUGGGAACUGGUACUUACUUGGGUUUACCGUCUAUGAUAGGGAGGAGUAAGAGGUCCAUUUUUUCUUUUAUUAAGGAUCGCAUUUGGAACCGUAUCAAUUCAUGGAAAGGGCGGUCCUUAUCCAGAGCAGGAAAAGAAGUUAUGAUCAAAUCAGUUCUUCAAGCAAUUCCAACUUAUAUCAUGAGCAUAUUUAUUCUACCGGAUGGGGUUGUUAAUGAGAUUGAGAAGAUGUUAAACUCUUUUUGGUGGGGAGGAGGCUCUAAUAGCAAAGGAAUAAGUUGGAAGGCUUGGGAUAAAGUGACUUGUGCAAAGGAAGCGGGAGGUUUGGGAUUUAGGGACUUUAAAGCGUUAAAUAUGGCUAUGGUGGCUAAACAAGGUUGGUUUCUUAUGGAAAAUCCGAAUGCUUUAGUAACCAGAAUCUUCAAAGCGAGGUAUUUUCCGAAGUCUAAUUUAUUCGAUGCUAAGGUGGGCUACAAUCCGAGUUUUGUUUGGCGGAGUAUUUGGAAGGCUAGAGAGGUCCUUAUGCUUGGAUGUCGGUGGAGGAUUGGUGACGGCAGAAAUAUAAGGAUUAUGAAUGAACCAUGGCUGAGGGGGAGUAGAGAAGGUUGCUUGAUGGGCCCUCAAAAUCAACGUGUGUACACUCUAACCAUUAAUGAUCUUUUGUUGCCUAAUGUCAAACAAUGGAAUAUGGGAGUUUUACGCGAUUUGUUUGAUUAUUCAGUGGUUCGAGAUAUUUUACAAGUUCCGUUAGCAGAGGAUGUGAUGGAAGACCGCAUAGUUUGGAAGGAUGAUGCUAAAGGUCUUACUGAUAUUAUAUCUCCUCGUCUUAAUAUAUUUCAGGAUAUCAGUUCCCUUAUUCUGGAUAUUUGUGUGAAGGAGGAUAGAAAAACCGCAGGAAGAGUUGCGGUUAUGUUGGAAGGUUUGUGGAAGAAUAGGAAUGAUUUUGUAUGGCAUAAUGAGAAGGAAGAUGCAUCUAAACAAGGUUGGCUAGCUUUUCAUAAGUGGCAAGAGUGGUUUCUGGCCCAAAAUCUUCGGGAAACGCAGAUAGAUAACGGAGAGUUGGUUCAUUGGAAUCCGCCUUCUUCUUGUUGCUUUAAAUGUAAUGUCGAUGCUGCCUUUAAUCAGCAUGCUGGAUCUAUGAAUCGAGGUUGGUGUAUUCGUAACGAUCACGGUAACUUUAUUGCUGCAGGGUCUGCGUGGGAUAGUUGUACUUUCUCUGUGCUAGAGGCGGAGGCCUUAGCCCUUAAGGAAGCAAUCCAAGCUAGUUCUACGUUACAUAAUACUCCGAUGAUUUUUGAGAGUGAUUCCCAACAGGUGGUCAAAGCUCUUAGUUCCAGUUCGAAAGGUAGUUCGGAGUUUAUCACUAUUAUUAAUUCUAUUAAGUUGUUACUUUUAGUUUUUCCCAACUUUGAGGUUAAGUUCAUUAAGCGUCAAGCGAAUAUGGUUGCCCAUACCUUAGCCAAGGCGGCCAAUUCUUGGUCUCGUCGCUGUUUAUUUGAUGUAAUUCCUCAUUGUAUUACUUUCCAUUUGAUUAAUGAAAGCAGUUGA